AUGAUGGGACUAAGUCGGUUUGAGUUACGAUUGUUGCACUUUUUCGACGACUUUUGUGUUUCUCUCUUCUCGUUCAAUGUUAAUGUGAGAGUGGAUAAGAUGUGGAGAGAGUCAGUUCCACAGUUAUUUGGAAUUUCACCUUUGGUUCGCAAAGCAGUGUUUCUGUUUGCUGCAAUUAAUAUGUGGCCGCUAUGUGAUGUGGAUACUUUAUUUCAUUCUGACGUCAAGGUUUCGAUGCUUCUUUACAACACAGUACCUGUUGAUAAUGGAAGCGAAGUCGAGUCAACAACAAAACCGUUUUUUGACAUGUCUUUGAAAAACUCAAAAACUGAUAAUUUGUUCAUGAGGACCUUGUCUUACUUUUCGGACGUUCUAUCUGAGACACAAAGAGCACUUACCUGCCCCAGAGGCUUCUCUGGGUCCAGUCUUCGAGCAGCAGAAUUGGUGGUUUCGGGCAUUUUGGUUUACCUGUUUCUCGGCCUUCAUCCACACAAAUUGGUUCCACUUUUAUCGUUUCAAUUGGAAACCAGUGACUACGAUUCCAGCUGCAGCACCGACUUUGUGGCAAUGUGUCGAGGCACGCAGAACUUGUUUGAGCUUGGAAAGGACAACUUAACGAAAACUAAGUUUAGAGUAAUAUUUUUUACUCCAGAGAAAAUUCCGUAUUCUGUCAAGGCACAAAAGUUUGCUAUUGUUGAAAGACUAAGAAACGAGCUGAGUAGGUUUUUUGCCGAUCAAGAUGAUUAUCAAGCAAUUGAGGAAAAAGAAGCAAUCGAUAGGGCAAUUGAACUACUUUCUUCGGCAUUCUACUAUUCCGCAAAACUCAAGUAUCCAAUUCCGCUAUUUAAAUGGCCGCUCGUUCUUCCACAAUACUUUGAUGUUCUUCUUCGACAGAAGCAUAUUUUUGCACUAAGAUUAUACUAUCAGUUUGCCUGUAUUUGCACUAUAGCAAAUUUCAGUCUCUACCAUGAUACAAAUAUGUGGAAGGACUUUAUCGAGUGGUUUCGUGUAUACAAUAUGAAAGAGUACGGGAGGUGGUUUUACGAAUUUGACCGCUGCUUUUAUGAUUUGGUUAUUGGAAAAAACUUUCGGUUCGGGUAUGAUAACUUUUCCUUUUUAUACGAUUUUGAUCCACUAAAGCCAGAGCAUUCACUACUAGAAUUUGCAGCCACGACAAAAUGA